GGAUGGAGCCUGCGACCCAGACAUGUGUCCUGACUGGGAAUGGAACUGUGACCGCCUGGUUCAUAGGUCGACACUCAACCACUGAGCCACUCCGGCUGGGCAAAACAUGUUAUUUUAAACACACAGCCCAGAUGAUCAUCUCAGCUGAUAUUAGGAUUGCCAAUAGUCAAGCCACUGAAGAAGAGACCAAGAUGAAUGCAGAGCCUGAGAGGAAGUUUGGCGUGGUGGUGGUGGGCGUUGGCAGAGCCGGCUCUGUGCGGAUGAGAGACUUGUGGAGCACGCAUUCUUCCUCAGCGUUCCUGAACCUGAUUGGCUUCGUGUCCAGGCGCGAGCUCAAAUGCAUUGAUGAAGUCCAGCAGAUUUCUUUGGAAGAUGCUCUUUCUAGCCAAGAGGUUGACGUUGCUUAUAUCUGCAGUGAAAACACCAGCCAUGAGGACUAUAUCAGGCAGUUCCUUAAUGCUGGCAAGCAUGUCCUUGUGGAAUACCCUAUGGCGCUGUCUUGGACAGCAGCUCAGGACCUGUGGGAGCUAGCUGAACAGAAAGGGAAAGUCUUGCAUGAGGAACAUAUUGAGCUCUUGAUGGAGGAGUUUGCGUUCCUGAAAAAAGAAGUUGUGGGGAAAGACCUGCUGAAAGGAUCUCUUCUCUUCACAGCUGGCCCAUUGGAAGAAGAGCGGUUUGGUUUCCCUUCAUUCAGUGGAGUUUCUUGCCUGACCUGGCCUCUCUCGCUCUUCAGGGAACUUUCUCUCGUGUCUGCCACUUUGGAAGAGCGAAAGGAAGAUCAGUACCUGAAAAUGACUGUGUGCUUGGAGACAGAGAACAAACGGAGUUUCCUUCCCACAGUUGUUGCCCCGUGUGAGGAACUGUAUUCACGCUGCACCAGGUGCCUUCCAAGAGAGAUGUAGACUGUGAGAAGUCAGAGAGUGAGAUCAGGAGGGGAAUCGGCCGAAAAAGAAAGUGCUGGGUGAGUAGCCUUUCGUAAAUCUCCUGAUAAAAGCAUGGGGAAUUCCGUGACUAAGUUUCAACAGCUCUUUUCUUAGCUUAUGCAGCAGCUGCUGCGGUC